GCUGCAAUUGCAGGUUGAAGGUGUUAAUUACCCUACAGUCCGUCACAGUGCUAACUGGCUGAGUGAAACCGAAAUCGGAUAGCCCAAAACGAAACUGAAAAUGCUGGAAAUCUCACAAAUCAAGCAGCAAGUGCCCCAUAAUUGGACCUCGGGUGAGAGCCGGCGGCAGAGUACAUCCUCCAAGACAGUGGCGGACAGUAGAAAUCGCAUCGGGAAAUCGCGUCUAAAUCGCAGCAUGCUCAAAACAGGCCUGUUGGUUUUCCUCUUGAUCUGCCUAAUAAACUCGGCCGUCCAAGCGGAUGAAACGGCUAGAAAUGGUCGGCUUGGCCGCCACCUUUCCACCACUCCGCUAACUUCCCUGGAAACGGAGGAGUCAUCGGGCGAGGAGGCGGUGACGGUCACCACCGAGCCGGGAACGGAAUCCCCCAUUACGGAAGAAUGGCAGCCUGUCGUGAAUGCCACACAGGCUCCGGAUAAGCUGGAGAAGAUUAAGGGUAGUGACUCACUUCUGCUGCGUCUGGCCAGACGAUUCUCCAGCGGAAACGAACUGUGGGAUGGCCUGGUUCGCGACUGUUAUCUGAAACCGGACAUCUCGUGCUUCCAGAAGAACGUCUUUAGCUAUCUGGAUGGCGCCCUCGAUGUCCAGGAUGUGAAUGUGACACAGCGACUCAAGUUUUUCAAGAAUCAAGUUGAAUACGAAGUUGAAAAGGAUAAGGAGGAUCACUCUCAAGCUCGGGCCGCAGCCAGCCCGGAAACCCCCAUCGAGGAAGUGACCAAUGCUCUCUACGGAAAAAGUAUAAAAUUCGCCAUGACACACGAUCUGGAGGUGGAUCUACCAGAGGUCAUGUUCAAUGGCGCCACUUUCCGCAUCUCGCCGCGAGCAAUCGAAGGAAACGGGAUCAUUGCCAAGCUGGAGCUGAUACCCAAACAGGUUGUCAAGGCCCGACUGGCCGGGGCUAUAAUCCAAAAGAAGAUACAAAAAUUUCUACGCAGCAAACUGGUGCUGUCAUUCCUGGCCUUGCUGCUGAUAAUCAAGAUCAUCAAGAUCAAGCUGUUCUGGCUGCUGCCAAUCGUCAUCGGAGUCGGAGCUGCCAAGAAGUUGCUUCUCAAGUUCCUGCUCUUCCUGUUCCCGGCGCUGUCGCAUCUCUUCAAGCUCUGCUCCUACUACCAGCAAUCCUAUCACGCUCCAACCAAAUACCAUCAUCAUCAUCAUCUCAUCGAUCACCAUCAUACGGUUGUGCCGCCAUGGCACAGUGGAGAGCAUCAUUCGGUGCCAGAAAUUAUUUACACCCAUCCACCGAAAGGACAUCCGUCAGCCUAUCUCCAUGGAGCCCCUAUUCACGAGAGCCACGGCCCAGGAUUCGAGCACUUCGAGGGCGCCUGGGAGAACAGUGGUCCUGGCCUGGGAUCUGAAUACAUAGGCGAUAUAAAUCGCGUUGCACAAAUUGAGGAAAAUGCGCAUUACUUUAAGCCCGACACGGCGAAAGACGCCGACGUCCUGCAUGCUUGGGGACUGGGCGGUACACAGGGACACCAGCAACACCAGACACACCAGCAACAUGUCACACAGCAGCAACACCAGCCGCAACGCUGGCCCGUAUCCUCGCAGCAGCCCAGGCCGCCAACGUCGCAGCAGAAACUCCAACUGCCGCAGCAUCAGCUAAAAACACAGCUGCAGCAACAUCAACAAUUAAGUGCUCAGAAAGUACAUGCUUCUAGUCACAGUUUAAACCCAUUUCAAAGUCAGGACAAACAAAGCUCAAGGCCGGCACACUCCCAGCACCACCCGGUGUUCGUUCCAGGACACUACCCACCGCAGAGUGGGCCAGGACUUACGGCAGCAGCACAAAUUGCGGCGCAGUAUGACCCAGCACGGAACAAUCAGCUCCAAGCCCAACAGCCACAGCAACACCAGCCACUAGUUCAGCAGCAACCUGAGUCACAACUUUCGCCCGAACUGGCUGCCCAGCUGAAGGAAGCAAUUCGCAUUCAAGCCGAACAGCGAAUAAUCCAGCAGCAACAGAAAAUACUCGAACAUCAGCCUUUUGUGCAGGACGGACAGCCGCUAUAUCCGCUUAACUACGAUCCAUUCUACAGUCCCAUUCUGCUGAAAAUCGACAAAAUCGUCGAACAGCUGGGAGUGAAAAAUGACCUGUGCAAGGAGCGAAUUGUUUGCAGCAUGUACAAGGACCCGGCCACCUAUAGUCCUCACAGCAAUUUCGUUUCCGCCGAAUUAAGUCGCGAUACCAGCGAACUGGAGCCCGUAACGCAUGCGAAUGAGGCUGUGCGGCGUUUCUACCGGCUAAUCCAGGCUGCCCGGGAUGGCCAGGAUCAAAAGGACUGUCAGAGCCUGUACCCACAGUGCAAUAUGCCGGCCAAAUGAGCCAGAGGGUCGUUGUGGUCCAGACCAGGUCCAGAUUCGCGAAACGAGAACGAGCAACUUUAAAGUCAAUUUUCCUUGUUAAAACCCGAACUGUAAAUAAGAUAAUUACUCUAACUUAUUCCUAAUGUAUUUGUUAAAUUCUUAUUAUUUAUUUAUUUAUUUAUAUUAGUCUAAUGGUUCGCCUAGUUUAUGCUAAUCUACGCCCAUCUGACACUCGACCGCUGAGCUAAUAUUCAUUCUGAUUUUGUUGAAAAUAACUCACAAAUAAUUCAUUAGAAUUGACUGCGGUCAGUGCACUUUUUAAAUUGUCAUCCCACAGUGAAUGGCUUCUAUUUAUUUAACAAAUAAUUCGAUAAAAUACGAAAUAAUGAAAUCAGAAUAUUUAUUAAUAGCCGGUCAGAUGGUCGCCGCUAAAAAUUCAAUUAGUCAAUAUGCAAAAAUUGUUAUUAGAAGAUUUAUUUAUCGCCAGUGCACAUAAAAUGGAAAAUAAAUUGAAAUUGUGUUAAAUAUUAA